GGUCGGCGUUGCUGCAGCCGCUCGUCGUCGACGUUUUUGCGGCGCGCUCAGAGAGCACGUUGGGCACGUGCCUAGCGCAGCGGGGAAAACACACACACACUGCCGCCCUGGAUUGGCAGCGCGGCGGCGUCGCACGGGAACGAGCAGCCAGCGACGCGGGAGGCAUGGACAGGCCGUGACGGAGCCCCGCUCAGCAUGAAGUCCAAGCGUGGUCGCGACCGGCUCAAGCUGCAGCUGUGCUCGGCGGACGAGGGGACGCUGCCGUACCCUCGUGGCGCGGCCGCCUCGCUGGGGGACCUGUCGCCCCGCAAGAGGCGGGGAAACCUGCCCAAGGAGUCGGUCAAGAUCCUCAGGAUGUGGCUGUACGAGCACCGCUACAACGCCUACCCGUCCGACCAGGAGAAGCUGCACCUGUCCCGCGAGGCGAACCUGUCGGUGCUGCAGGUGUGUAACUGGUUCAUCAACGCCCGCCGGCGAAUCCUGCCGGACAUGAUCCGCAAGGAGGGCCACGACCCGCACCAGUACACCAUCACCCGGAAGUCGUCCUCUUCUUCGUCGUCCUGCUCAUCGUCGUCCGGGAGGUCCCCGCCCAGCCAGGCGCCCCUGGCACCGCCUCCCAUGCCGCCCACGGCGGCCCAGCAUCAGCCUCAGCACCCAUCGAGACAUCACGGACUGUCGGGACACCCUCGCGACGGCCCCGACGCCACGUCCCUGGUCUCCGGCGCCAUCAAGGACGAGGACAGCGACGACUCGGACGUGGUCGGUCCCACCUGCCCUCGUUCCCCGCUCAAGCUCACCAAGAGGUGGCAGCGCAGCCACGAGCGCGACCUCAAGGAAGACCCAUCGCCCUCGUGGGACGAGGACGACGACGACGAGGGCGACGACGAAGACGAGGACGACGACGAGGACGACGACGAAGACGACGACGACGAAGACGUGUCGCCCUGGUUCGGGCAGGGCGGCUCGACGCGCGACAUGGUCGUCGGUCACCAGCGCGGAGACGACAGUGGAGACCCCUUCAGCUGCCUCUACUUGCUCGUGGACGUGGCGCUAAGCGAACUGGAGAAGCGAGCCGCGUCCAGCUGAUGACGGAGCUUGGCCGCGGGGCGGCAGUUUCGUACCUCAGCCGCCUCGCGCGCUCCGGACGGCAGUUUCGUACGCGGUCAGCGGGGCGAUUUCUUUGGUCGCCCCUGUGUGCCGCGCGUCGUCGUCACGAGCACACCACCAUCGACAGCCACCUAAUUUAUUGAGCGCGCCGCCGCCGCACGCCGUGUUGACCACCACCAUCGCGAUGCUCGCAUCGCUCUGGGCACUCUGAACCCUACUGAGGUUGUCUGCGGGGUGGGCGUGCAUUGGCCACUUGGCCAAUGGUAUAGCCGCCGACAGUUCAGGAAAGGCAAUGCUGUCAAUUCCCGUAUGAUGCCGCCGUGGAGAAUGAUUGGAUUGGCCUCGAGGUGUUUCAGUGCCGCUGUCCCUGGGUCAGGUCGUAGUGACGUCAUAGAACGCCUAGAUAUCAGUACUUGCGAGAAAAAUCAACUUGAUAGUGGGGGGAAGAUAUUGACCGUCGUUGCCCUCUAAUUCGCUCUCAGCACAAAGGUCAUCAAAUUGGUCUGUCUGCCAAGAGACAGUGGUUCGCUGUGUGACUAUAGUCCGUUGCAACCUAAGAACGAAGGGCGAGAGUAACACGGGCCGGGGAGGAGGAAGCAGUGUGAACGCUAAAGAGAGCAGGAGGUUUCCCUCUCUCUUCUCCAGCGUUCCGUCUGCUUCCUCCUCCCUGGCCCGUCUUACCCUCGCCCUUCGUUCUUAGGUUGCAACGGACUAUAGUUGACAAGCCAUGACGUCGCGACGAACUCUGCGCCAAGUGACAGCGGCGAUGUCUUUGGUCGCCCUGGGGUCUCAUGUCAACACGUAAAGAAAACGCGUCUAGUUUGAAGGAUUAGACACGUUUUUUUUUUCUUCGUUUCAUAGGGGAAAGAGGUCUUGCGAGAAGAGGCAUCGACGUGAGGCAAUUGCUCGAUGGUAUAUCCCCGAUACGAGGUUUGUGAGGUUAACGUCGAGGAAGCUAUUUAGACGACCAUUACUGGCCGUUCCUUUGAGGCCGAAGUUAGACGCGGGUUGGGAAAGCCCGAGCUUGACGGUUGAGGCUACUCGGACGUCUGAACGUUAUCUAGAUUACUGUUUGGACCAUACCUGCAAACUUGUUAUAUUUGCAUAUCUUUUUGUUACCUCAGGUGUGUCUGCUAGCCAGUGUUAGUUGUACAACUGGUCAUGCAUGCGUCGUGGCGUUGCUAUUGUAGCAAGUAGCUAAACAACCUCUCAAGAAACCAACUAUUCCACAGGCAGCAAGAGUCGUACAGUGACUCUGUUUAAAGACUGGGCAGAUGUUUAGCCUGUUGCGAAUAUUCUGAGUGCGGGCGUGAAAGCGUUAAUGUGAGCGCAUUAAGACAUCAAAAUGAGACUACACGAAGUGCCCUUAGAAGUGAGACGUUGGUCUAUCAUACAUGUGUAAACAUCCCUCUCCGGUACACACCGCACGCCCAAUGUCCCACAGGGACCUGAAUGUUACGGAACAUUUCGCAUGUCCGGUAGACAUGCCAACCAAAGCGGACUUACUCAAAAUAUUUCGAGCGCCAAAACGUUUUACAUGGUGCGAGAUUCUUGGCCGAUUAUGUUGUUUAGUACCUCAACUGACGUCUCGUUGUUCUUACAGAGACUUUCAUUUUAUCGAAUUAUCGUUCGUUUUCUAAUGAAAACACACCUUGAUUUAAAUAAUUUAGUAUCACAAUGAAUUUAAUGAACAGUUCAGUCGUAUUUUUUAUAUUUCCCCGAUGCUUUUUGUCUCUUGUUUUGUUUUUUAGAAAAAAGUCUCUUUUAUGCCGCUGGUAAACGGCCGAUUUCAAAGGAUAUGUCGGAAUACGGCUAUGGUGGAUGCUCGCCUGUUGGAAGAUUAUACGCCGGUCAUCUAUGAUAUAUUCCUAGAUUAUCCGCAUAUGAGGUGCAAGUAAUGCCUCCUGAACAAGACAUUUCCAAUGGCCAUCUUUCUUCAUCUGCUAUGCCCGUUGCCAACGACGACCGCGCUGGGCCUAACUGGAAAUGGUGACGACUUUUUUAUGCCACGGUGAAUUGGGAAUGUGGUUAAUAAUGCGUGCAAUCUAUCGAAUCUUGUCAUAUAAUUGUUACUGCAGACGAUGCCAAGAUCGCCCAUAUGCCACCCAUCAUGUGCGUGUGACGUCAUCUACAUCAGGCUCAACAGAAUGGCGGAAUGGUGGUGGUCACGAUGAUGACGAUGACGGUGACAGGACGUGUCGUCCUCCCUCGCCACUGAUCGUCCGCGGAGGUUCCAAGUGCGGCAGGCCGAGCACAGCUCUAGCGGCGCGCUGCCGGCGAGUUACGGGAGUCGCCAUAUUUGUACACCCACCCCCCCGUUCCUAGUCGGUGUGCGCCAUUUCAGGGGUAACACUCUAUUCGAGCGUCAAGUCCGUCCGUGCGUCGUCCGUCCGGUUGCCGUACCGAGGAGUUCAUUUUUUUUUUCUUACCCAGCUUGUUUGUACAUUUGCAUAGUUUACGUGCCAGCAUGAUAUCAUCACGUGCCCUAGUCUGUUAACAGAGGAAGAUUUCUUUAUAUACCCCACACUGCUAUGUAUACACCGCGCGAACCAUAGAGUCUUUAUCGCCCGCAGAACAUGUAUCGAGAAGAGACGGCUGCGCACCGCGACAGGUGCGCUCUUUUUAGUCAGCGGCCUGCCGAGAGACAAUAAAAGAAAGCCGUUGUCAGCUCA